AUGAAUAUUUUUCGUUUCACCGGAGACAUGCUGCAUUUAGCGAGCUCCAGCUUGUUAAUUUACAAGCUGUUAAAAACAAAAAACUGCGCGGGUAUUUCGGCGAAAAUGCAAGAGAUAUACUUGAUUGUAUUUUCAACGCGGUACCUAGACUUGUUCUACGUUUACUUUUCUUUAUACAACACGAUAAUGAAGUUCUUUUUCAUUUUUAGUACAAUUUAUAUUUUGUACUUAAUUCGUUUUCAAAAACCAAUCAGCAAGUCUUACGAUAAACAAGCUGAUAAUUUCAACUACUUGAUUUUGUUGAUUUUACCCAUUCUAUUUAUUUCCUAUAUUUUCGGACAACCCAAAAGUAUUGUGAAGGUGUUAUGGAGAUUCUCAAUCUGGCUAGAAAGCUUUGCCCUGGUCCCGCAGAUCGUGUUACUGCAGAAGUACGGAGUAGUGGAAAACCUAACUUCGCAUUACGUAACCACAAUGGGUCUUUAUCGAACAUUUUAUUUGAUAAAUUGGAUUUACAGACUGCUAAAAGAGAACUAUUGCAACUACACUGGAUGGAUUGGCGGAAUGAUACAGGUGGCACUCUACUUAGAUUUUUUUUACUAUUACUUCCAAGCCAGAUUGAACGGGUGGAAAAUGAUUCUACCCUACGCAAACAGAAUUUAA